AUGUCCUCGGCAACUUCCACCGCCCACCUGCCCAGCGGCCUGUCUGUCCUGACGACUUUCCCAGAUGUGCUCUUCAUUCCCGAAUUCAUAUUUGGGGGCCUUGUCUGGAUCCUGGUGGCAUCCUCAAAGGUCCCGUUACCCAUCCUGCAAGGCUGGGUGAUGUUUGUCUCAGUGUUCUGCUUCGUCAUGUCCACCACCCUCCUGUGUCUCUACAUCUGCGGGGCACAUGGGGGCAAGAGCUCCUGGGUCACCUUGGAUGCCAUCUACCAGGGGACAGCAGCUCUGUUCUACCUCAGUGCUGCCGUGUUGGAAGCCACCUCUACUUAUUUCGCCCAAGCGUUGCAGUUGAUCGUCUACCGGGAGAACAUUGCUGCUGUGGUAUUUGCAUUCUUAGCUACCCUGAUGUACGUGAUCCAUCAGGUGUUCUCGCUCCGGCGAUGGAAAUCAUCCUAA